AUGUUGAAAGCGCAGCGUAGUAUCCAAGCAACUCCGCACGUGCCAUUGAGAAGCCCCGAACUUGAAGCGCGCCAUCGGGAAAGCAAUAUUGUUAUCUUUGGCGAGACCGGCUCAGGAAAAAGUUCCUUCAUCAACAGAAUCGCGCAACAUGUGCUCGCGAAGACAUCCAAUGACGCACUUGGAUGCACUUCUACCCCUGAACGCUACCCAGUAGAAAUUUCUGGCAGGAAAUACGUCCUGAUUGAUACCCCAGGUCUUAAUGAGGGGUUUGCAGGCACAGUACCAGAUGCGGAGGCAAAAAAACGGUUGAAGAACCUGUUGAGUGAACUCAUGAGCUCUAGGUCAGAUGACAUUGGCCUUCUGGUGUACUGCGUGCGCAAAGAGACCCGCCCUCACGCCUUCGUUAAGGCCUACGAUAAGGUCUACUCUGAUAUCUGCCAUCAAAGAGUACCAAUCAUCCUCAUCGUCGAAGGAUGGAGGAACGAGCAGGAAAUGGAGAGCUGGUGGAUUGCCAACGGAACACAAUGA